AUGUUAUUCGAGAUGCCGUAUAGCGGAGGCGUACUGACGUCAUGUGAUUUGCGGCCUGUCAAACUUCUGCGCUACGUCAACGCUAUCGAUUAUGUAUUGAUGGCGAUUGAGGUCGUCUACAUGGUCUUCGUUAUCUAUUACCUGAUUGAAGAGGUCCUAGAGGUAGUGACAAUAUUUUUAUAA